AUGCUAGUAACUAUUGAAUUCCCAGCUUUCUAUUCAUCACUGCCCUUCAAGGAUAUUAUCACUUCUCAAGUGCCAGAAGACUCGCCUGUCGCUACCAAGGUUCUUAUUUUAGCCUUCAACCGUCCUGAUAAGCAUAGUGCUGUCACCGAGAAUCUUCUCACAGAGCUUGAGACAGCCUACCGACUUAUUGAUCAAGACGAGCGAGUUCGGGCUGUUGUUCUGACUGGUGCAGGGAGGGCCUUCUGUGUGGGAGGAGAUCUCCAGACUGGCUUUUCUGGGCUGUUAGCUCAUCAAGCGAGUCGAGAGUCCAUCGAUAGAUAUAGAGACCAGUAUAUGACCGCUCAAUAA